CCCGUUACGAUAUCCAAAUAUAUUUAUUGAUUCAUGGGAUCCGAGUCCGGUCCAAUGUUGCCUACUUUUCUAUCUGUAAAAUAGAUUUCUUGGAGAGAAGGGAACGAGAAAGAAGAAGCAAAUACCGAGAAAAACACAGAGAGGAGUUUUGGAGAAGAAGGUAUGGAUCCCAAGCUAACCGAGGUUUCACAGCUCUUUGAACGAUUCAAAGCCGCGUUGGUUCGUAAUGAUUUCGAUACUUGUUCGAAGCUUCUCUCUCAGCUCAAGAUCUUGCUGAUAGAAUUCAAAAGCCUUCCUCCAUUGUUUGAAGAAACUCCUAAUGCAGUUCAAGAGCUAACCAUAGCAAGGGAUAUCUAUGAGCAUGCUGUUGUGCUUAGUGUAAAGAUGGAAGAUCAAGAUGCAUUUGAGAGAGAUUUCUUCCAGCUGAAGCCUUACUAUACAGAUGCUGGUAAUCGCCUUACACAAUCUCCCCAAGAGUACCCAAUCUUGGGUCUGAAUCUUUUGAGACUACUUGUUCAGAACAGAAUUGCAGAGUUUCACACUGAAUUAGAGUUGCUUUCAGCCAAUGCUCUUGAAAACACUUGUAUCAAGCAUGCAGUGGAGCUUGAGCAAUCAUUCAUGGAAGGUGCUUACAAUCGAGUAUUGACUGCUAGACAGACUGUUCCUCAUGAAACUUAUGUUUAUUUCAUGGAUCUUUUGGCAAGAACAGUCAGGGAUGAGAUUGCUGGGUGCAGUGAGAAGGCGUAUGACUCCCUCACUGUUAAAGAUGCACGAGAAAUGCUAUUGAUUUCCUCAGAUCAAGAACUUUUUGAUUACAUCAAAGAGGAGCAUCCAGAGUGGGAGGUGAAGAAUGGAUUAGUUGUAUUCCAGAAGGCUAAGGAAUCGGCUCCAUUCAAAGAGAUUCCAUCUCUCCAGCUUAUUAACCAGACUCUCAGCUACGCAAGGGAAUUAGAGCGCAUUGUUUGA